GCUUUUUUGUGCAGUAAAUUCAAAUUUGUUUAAUAAAUUUAAAUAUAUAAUUUCUUCAUUAAAACUAACAUUUUUGUUUAUUUUGUGUUAAUGUAGGAUUGCUUCAGGGGAAAAUAAAUCAUUUGAACCUAUUUCUAUAAGAUAAGAAGCUUCAACUUAUAAACUCUUAAUCCAUAUAAGCUUGUUAAAAAUAUUAAAACGAACAUUUUUAUUUAUGUGUUAGAAAAAAAACCCGUUCUUUAAGCGGUAAUCAUGUUAUUUGGACCCUACAUACCUUCAAUCUUAUUUCUGCGCUCCCAGUUUGAACUAUCGCGAGACUUUGAGAUGUUAUCGCGAGAUUUAAUUCGGAGUUCUUUACCGCGCCACUUAUCAUUGCGGUAAUUGUUCUUCCGUGUUGUUGAGCCACGAAAGGUUAUAGUUUUCUAGUACAACUGCAUUCCUGAGCUACUGGAAGAGGAGGAGUUUUUCUAUGAUGUGUUUCAUGAGGAAACAAACAAGGACUAACAAGCAGGAACAACAAUUCAGCAGAACUCGGAAGAUGUUCGCUUUUGACGCAGAUAAAAUGGUUUAACUCAUGGAUUAUAAAGGGAUCGUCGUCAUUUUUGCAGGAGCACUGCUCAGUGUUUCCUUUGGGCAGACUCGCCAGUUCUACUUUGUGAACACUCCUUUGACCUGGACAGAUGCUCAAAGUGUCUGCAGACAGAACUACACUGACCUGGCCUCCAUAGAGAAUACAGCAGAUGUUGAUGCAGUUAUUGCUGCAGUUUCAAAUUAUACAGGGAAAGCUUGGAUUGGCCUUCACGAUGACUUGGAAAACAGUUGGAAGUGGUCUUUGAGUGACAGCGGCUUUUAUGGUGAUGGACAGUCAACAUUUCGGAACUGGGGGUCUAAUGAGCCCAACAAUCUGUAUGGACAACAGUUGUGUGCGGAUCUUUAUGGUGUCAACGGUUUAUGGGAUGACAAUGAUUGUAAUGUGGCACUAGCUUUUGUUUGCUAUACUGGCGCAGUUUCUGGCACACCCUCUUACAUUCGCAUUAACACUCCAUUGAACUGGACAGAAGCACAGAAAUACUGCAGGAAUAACUAUGUUGACUUGGCCAGUGUGCGGAAUAUUACAGAAAAUAACAUCAUUAAAGACCUAUCAGGAAGUAGUGUGGUCUGGAUUGGUCUGCAUCGCCAGAAAGUGUGGUCCGAUGGAAGCCAGUCUGUGUUUCAGUACCCGAUACUUGGUCAAAACUCUGUUGGAGAGCUAUGUGUUAGUGCAGACAGGUCUGGACAAUGGUCAAAUAAUUACUGCUCUUCUCAAUUUCCAUUUAUUUGCUAUAAAAUAGCACUUCUGAAUGUGGAAAAUGUUACUUUACUUAGAAGAACAGAGACUAACGUCACUCUGCAGUGGAGUAAGAUCAACAAUGCCAGCUAUGUGCUCCAGUUUAAUGGUACAGAGAGGAUGAUUGCAGCCCCUGAUGGCGAUGGACCAGUAACUUUCACAGUCUCAUCCCUCAGUCCUGGGACUACAUAUACAUUCAAUCUCUACUCUGUUUAUGGAAGCACCAGAAGCACUGGAGUAAAACUGACAGUAACAACAGCUCCUCCAAAUGUGGAAUUCUUCAGAUUUGUGGCACGGGACCACCGCAGUAUUACACUACAGUGGAACAAAAUAACCAACAACAUCAGCUUUGUUCUUCAUGUGAAUAGUGUGGAGACAAACAUAACUGCACCAACAGGAGAUGGACCAGUCAAUUACACUGUCUCUUCUCUCAGUGCCAGAACAAACUACACAUUUACUCUGUUUUCUGUGUUUGGGAAUGUCAGAAGCAGUGGAGUACAAGUCACUGUCGCUACUGGCCCCCCUCCCACCUGUGCAGAGAUAGUAUGUCCAUCAGGAACGGAGUGCUACACCAUCAACGGCAUUGCCACAUGUGUGGACCCCUGCAACAACUAUACUGCACUGAAUGAUGACUGGCGCUCAGUUGAUAACACGAACAAUAGUGUUUUACACUGUGAUCGAAAUAUCAACUGGAACGGCUGGUAUCGCAUGUUUCUGGGGGGAAAUAAUGCUCAAAUCCCUGAAACGUGUGUGGCAGAGAAUCGAUGUGGAACUCAUGCUCCUCUGUGGAUCAAUGGAGUUCAUCCCACACAGUCAGAGGGAAUAGUAACUCGUACUGUGUGUAACGCUUGGUCUGGAUCCUGCUGUAACUUUCCAACACACACCAUUAAGGUCAAACUCUGCUUUGGAUCGUACUAUGUCUACAAACUAGGGGUUCCAUCAACCUGCUGGCUGGCAUAUUGUACAGUCUCUCACAAUGGAUUUAGUGUAUUGGGACAAAAUAAAAGCAGCAUCACUCUGCAGUGGCCUAAAGUGAACAACAGUGUCAGCUUUGUUCUCCAUUUCAAUGGCACAGAGACGAACAUCAGUGCAUCAUCUGCAGAUGGACCUGUAACGUACACCGUCUCAUCUCUCUCUCCUGGAAAUAGAUACACUUUUAUUCUCUUCCACGUCUUUGAAAAUAUCAGAGUCAGUCAAUUUCAACUUCAGGCUUUUACUGCUCCACCAAAUGUGGAAUUCUUCAGAUCAAUUGCUCAAGACCAGACCAGUAUUACACUACAGUGGAACAAAAUAACCAAUGACAUCAGCUUUGUUCUUCGUGUGAAUGGUGGGGAGACAAACAUUCCUGCUCCAACAGAAGAUGGACCAGUUAAUUACACCGGCUCUUCUCUCAGUGCGAGAACAAACUACACAUUUACUCUGUUUUCUGUGUUUGGGAAUGUCAGGAGUAGUGGAGUACAAGUCAAUGUCGCUACUGCUCCACCAAAUGUGGAAUUCUUCAGAUCAAUUGCACAAGUCCAUAACAGUAUUACACUACAGUGGAACAAAGUAGCCAAUGACAUCAGCUUUGUUCUUCGUGUGAACGGUGUGGAGAUGAACAUAACUGCACCAACAGGAGAUGGACCAGUUAAUUACACUGUCUCUUCUCUUAGUGCUGGAAGAAGCUUCACAUUUACUCUGUUUUCUGUGUAUGAGAAUGUCAGAAGCAGUGGAGUACAAGUCACUGUCGCUACGGCUCCAAAAAAUCCAGAGAACAUCAUAUCAUCAAGUCAGAAUGAGACAAGCAUCAAUCUGCAGUGGGCUAAAGUAGACAACAGUGUUAGCUUUGUUCUUCAGUUUAAUGACAGACAGGAAAUAAUUGCUCCACCAACAGGAAAUGGACCAAUAUCUUACACUGUGGCCAAGCUGGAUCCUCAAACGAAUUACACAUUUAGCCUCUUCUCUGUGUUUGAGAACGUCACAAGCACAGGAGUCAUCUUUUCUGCAGUAACUGCUCCUAAAAAUGCACAAAAUGUCACCUCAACCGGACAAAAUGAGACAAGCAUCAAUCUGCAGUGGGCUAAAGUAGACAACAAUGUUAGCUUUGUUCUUCAGUUUAAUGACAGACAGGAAAUAAUUGCUCCACCAAAAGGAAAUGGACCAAUAUCUUACACUGUGACCAAGCUGGAUCCUCAAACCAAAUACACAUUUAGCCUCUUCUCUGUGUUUGAGAACAUCACAAGCACUGGAGUCCUCUUUUCUGCAGUAACUGCUCCCGAAAAUGCACAAAAUGUCACCUCAACCGGACAAAAUGAGACAAGCAUCAAUCUGCAGUGGGCUAAAGUAGACAACAAUGUUAGCUUUGUUCUUCAGUUUAAUGACAGACAGGAAACAAUUGCUCCACCAAAAGGAAAUGGACCAAUAUCUUACACUGUGACCAAGCUGGAUCCUCAAACCAAAUACACAUUUAGCCUCUUCUCUGUGUUUGAGAACGUCACAAGCACAGGAGUCAUCUUUUCUGCAGUAACUGUGCACAAAUAUAUUAUGAUGUUUAAAGUUGGUAUCAAGACAUCCAGCCUGAAUGCAUCUCAAAUAGAAGAACUGGUGAAAGAGCAUCUCAAAAAAAUUGAAAAGUCUGCAGAAUUAAUAAAAUUCAUCCUAAAGAUGUGAGAGAAAUUAAUAGAAUUCCUCCUGAAGACGUGAGAGAAGAGGACUUGGAAACAAAGAGACACAAAUGCAUUCUGGAAAUUUCUACGCGUCAGUGAGAAAUAUUUGACUUUAACAGAUUCUUAUUUUGUAAUUUUCUGCACCUAUAAUAAAAAUAAUUUGUUGUGCUUGUAUAUUAGUAAAUGUUUAAAAUGAGCAUGUUUUAAAUGUAAAUUUAAAAUUUUAAGUUUCCUUCUUUUAAAACAUGAUCUUGCAAAGGUUUUUUUCACAAACGCCAAAAAAAAAAAAACUUCUCUUUCUCACAUUUUGAAAGAAUUAAACAGAAAAGAAUUAACUAAUCAUGCAAAGCUGUGCUCUCUUAGGGUAGUGUGACCUCCGAGACCUAGGCAAAAAUCUGUAUGAAGAUUGACAAAUGUGUAGUGAAUGAGCGAUAAUGAGCUCAAAUGUCUAACAAAAAAUAUAUAUAUUAGCAAAAACUGUCUGUAUGUACUUAUUUACCUUUGCUUUAAAUGUUCAAUGUUAAAACUGGGGAAAAAACAGAAACGUGUUGGACUUACUGUUUGAACCAAAUCCGCCUUAUUAUGUACGAUGUGUUUUAAGAGCCUCAGCUUUUGCUGCCAAGUUUUUCGUGCAUGUCGGAGAGUCUCUUAUAAUGCUAUCCACACCUUGGCUAUAAGUCAUUCCAACCUUUUUUCCCAAAUUUUUAAAAUAUAUUUUUUUAUAAAUGUUUUUUUUUAUUUUCUUUUUUAAUCAUAUUUAACUAAUUA